CGGUUCCCUCUACACCGUCACCACUCAGUGUGCAUUCUGAGUAACAGACUCAGGGUUUUAUUUUUGGACUGCUAUGGAGCCCGUGCCUUCCAUUUGAAGGAAGGGGGAAUAGUUGAACUCAACAUGAGUCUCCCGUUCUGACAGUCUAAGCUGGGACAAGCAGGCAGCCGCCGGACACCCCUGAACAGCAGACACACAGGGGAUCCUGUCUGAAGUGUCUUCAACGGUCUUCUGUUAUCUGGUGGAGGCUGAAGAUUUAAUGGCUGUCAAUAUCGGUAAGGCUGCCCAGGCAGGCCUGCUUUCCCAGCAGUACCCACCACCUUUGCUUCCCAAACCUGGAAAAGAAAAUGUCCGGCUCCAGAAACUACAAAAAAAAACAGCAAAGAAAAAAGCUGCUGCCCAAGUCUUACAACCAUCGGCGCCCUUCCGCUCAAGCCUCUCUCCAGUAAAUGAAGCAAGCCCUGACCUGGAGCACAGCGAUCACUCAACUCCUCCUAAGACUCCAGAGACACCUUUCUAUAUUAGCACGGUACACCCACGCUUCAACGUCCGACCACUAUAUCAGCAUGUAUCGUCUCCUUAUCCUCAUCACAGAGGAUUCACUUUUGGCCAGACAACAAGAUUUUCGCCACAACCACAUGUGGCUCCUGGCCACACCACAUACACAGCCUCGCCAGGAAUUGACAUACAUAUUACAGCUCCAAUCACCGUUCUUCAAAUUUCACAAAGAGCAGAAGUCGGCUCAGCUCUUAUGACACAUGUAAUUACCUCUAAAACUCCAAGCCCUCAGCCAAAUGUUCCUAGAGCAGCAAAACCGUUGUUUGAAGUCCCUCAAAUCACCAAUUACACUGCUAAGUCAGUACUUUUACAAAUACCUUAUACAUCAACAACAAGGAGUAAAACACCUACUGCCGAGUUACUGAGAGGCCCAACACCAACAUUUGAGGUUAGAAGAAUAGUGACACCAACAUCUGAAAUUCGAGACCGAACGCCAACCAGGGAAAUCAAAAAGGCUACAACACCUACUUUCGAAAUCAAGCGGAUUGCAACCCCAACUUCUGAAAUUAAGAAAGCUCCAACUCCAACUUCUGAAAUUAAGACAACUCCAACUCAAACUUCUGAAAUUAAGACAACUCCAACUCAAACUUCUGAAAUUAAGAAAGAGACGAUUCCAUCUUCUGAAAUGAAAAGAGUCAGUACUUCUGCUUCAGGUAUUACACAAAAUGGAACAGAGACACUUGAUGCAAAACAGGGUACAACUUCAACACUUGAGCCGAAAGGGAUUACAACACCAGUAAGAGUAAAGACACCAACAUAUGACUUGAUCUCAAUAAGAACGCCCAUGGGGCGACCCAAGACACCCUCAGAUCAUGUGUCACGUGUUAGAGUAUCUGUGAUUGAAAUUUCACGACCAAAUCCACUUUUAUUUGCUGUAUCUCCUGUGCAUAUGGAGGGCAGAAGAUCCAAAACACCAACUUCAAGUGUGACUGGUCCACGUGAUGAAAUUAUUAAAGUUUCAACUCAGGUUAAUGGAACCAGUCAUUCAGAAAUUUAUCAAAACGGGGACAUAGAUGCCAAAUCAGUUGAACCCUUAAAAGAAAAACUGGAUAAGGCCCUUUCAGAAAACCUGCCAAAACUUGAGUCAUCUAAGCCGAAGAAUCAAAUACAGGAAAGCCCAAACCUUAAUGGAAAUGAGCGUCCAAAGCAGGAAACUCCAACAACACUCAACAUUGAACCCACGCAAAGUCAUUUCUCUUCAGUUGAGUAUCAACGACCAUUAUCUAAAGUCCCUCCGUUUGCAGGUCAAAGACCCAAAACACCAACAGCACCUAAAUCCAAACCAGCCUAUUAUGGAUUGACACCUGCUGAAUAUGCAGCCCAUGGAGGAAUAAAGAGCUUCUCGCCCAGCUUUAGCAUUUCUACACCAACUGUUCAACCAAGUGCAGAAGCAACUCACCUUCCCAAACAAGUACCAGUAGUACCUCAACCAGAUGAAAAUGUGACCACACCUAAUAAAAACUCUGAAAAACAACAAGUCCAGCCACCUCAGACUGAUGUUGUCAAACAUAAAAUCACUGAGGUGUCUUCACUUCUAGACAUUUCUAACACUUUGGGGGACAUUCCUAAGCAACCUGUGCCAGAGUUAAAAACAAAAAAGGCUGAUGUUAAAAUCCCAACUAUUGUGGUAUCUGUAGCUGACACGCCAUCAUCCGAAGCAAAAGCAGUGGCAGUGAGUACUGUGACUCCGAGGGUAAGAACUCCAACCUAUGGGUCUCCCAGACUUUCCCAAAUGACACCAGCCCUUCCAACUGUGAAGGAAACUACUAAAACUGAAAGUAAGGCUGUGGUGUUGUCUGACCAAGAUGUGGACAAGCCAGCACUUUCAAAAGUGUCGGAAGGUAAAGUAAAUGCCAAACCAACCAAAGAAUCAGAGAAGCCAACAGAGGCAAAAAUGUCUCUGUUAGAGAGAAUUAAGAAGCAGAAACUUACAUCUGCUUCUUCUGAAAAACCUCCCGAAAAGGUUGAGGUUAAAGAUGUGGUUAAGCCUUUGGCUGAACCAAAAGACCAAAAGGACAUUGAAACAAAGGAUGCUCAACCUGAGAAGGUUGACAAAGUAGACACAAAAGCUAGUCCCCAAGAAGAGAUCAAGCCUGCAGUGGAAAAGAAAGAGAAAGAUGAAGCAUCCUCUUUACCUGCAGAGUCUCUCUUGAAGGUGAUGCAGAAACCAAAAGGAAUGAAGUCAAAGCUCAGUGGCUGGUCUCGUCUUAAGAAACAUAUGGUGGUUGAUGUAGAGGAGCCCAAGUUUCCAGAGACAGAGCCUGGGUCAGAGAAAGAUGUCCCUGCCACCACUGAUCAAAAUGAAAAGCAAAUGCAAAAUAAGCCUGAAGACAAGGCUAAGCUUAGUGAGAGCCAGGACAGUAAAGACCCCCCUAGAGCAACGAAAAUGUGGGAUGCUGUCCUCUUUCAAAUGUUCUCAACCGAAGAGAACAUAAUGCAACAAAUAGAAGCAAGUAAAACCGAGGAGCAAAAGAUUAUGGAGGCAGAACAAAAGACACCAAAAGAGAUUCCCACAUUUGCACAUCGCUUGCCUGUUCUCCUGUAUAGCCCACGGUUUGAUGCCAGACGACUGAGAGAAGCAGCUUCACGACCAGCAACAAAGAUUGCAACAGUUUUUGAAAUGGGACUUAUAGGCCGCAAAAAUAAAGAUGAAGAACCCAAAGACUUUAAUAGAACAGCUAAAGGCUUCAGUGGUUAAACCACUGACUUGACGAAUAACAUGAAUACUUGUUGUUAGUUUUCAAUUCAUCGGUAGAGUUCUGUUUAUAAUCCAAUCCAAUUCUUUACUUCUAGCUUACACUUUUAUAACUUUAUAACAGAUCAGUUGGCAAGUGAACUAAAUAAACACUUUUCAAAUGCACAAUAACUAAUUUGUACUAUUGAAGCAAUUGCCCAGUUGCCAAUUGGCAUUUAAUUAGUUACUCAAAAGAAUAAAAAAUAAAGCAAUUUUUUUUUGAAAGUUUUAAAUUAAAGACAUUUUGCUUAAGGAUUUCAGAUCUUGCCAUUUUUUUAUAAGCAUGUUAUGUAUUGAUAUUUAUAAACAAUAAUUAAAUACUUAAAAAGAAAGACAAUUCAGUGUAAAGAACUACACGGACUCAAGCUGCCACUAGACAAAAUACAGAGAGAGUAUUUUUGGCUAUGAAAAUGUCCAAUAUCUGGUGUUUUUAGGUAUCCAUAAUAUCAGGUUGCCUUUUGUUUUUUUUUAUAUAAUGAAAUACAAAAUUUUCACUGAAAAAAAUAAAUCUACAGCCAGUAUUUUAAAAUGCUUACAGCCUAAAAUGAUGAUAAAAUGUAGAUAUUUUGAGAAUAAUCCAUAUAAUUACAUGAAUGAAGGGUGUAGGAACAACUGAGUGUGGCCGAGCAAGUGAAACCAGAUAAGAAAGAAUAAAGAGACGGUAUAAGAAAGACAUGUAAACAGUAAGUAUGAUAAGAAUUAAAAUUUAUGCUUUGCCUUAUUAGUACUGAGCAAGGCAUGGCGCAUUCUGCAGACUGCAAACAUGGUGCUCAUUGUUGACAAACAGCUUUUACUGAUGAAGCCCUAAACUUGGUUUUCCAUUUCCAUCGCUUUGAUGUGAUUAGAUGAAUGACAGUGACUGCUGAUUGUCAACACAUGCAUGUUCUCAUUUCAGGCUUAGGUAAUGUUCAAUUUUAGCCUUGGCCUUUUGGCAUGUUUGUCUUUUGUUGCAGAAACUGUCAGAAUGAAAAUAUCUUUUUUUCUUUCCUGACAGUGAUGUGUAUAAUGCUUUGCAUUAUAAGUUCCCUGUACUAGAUUAAAUGUUAUUUUAUAUAUAUUUUUUCUAAUAAAACACUUGUUCUGAG